AUGCUGGAUUUAUUAGUUUUCGCAGGCGAGCGACAGCUUAUCUUAUGGAUGAUUGUUGAUCUGAUGCCGAUACUUGCUGAUCAUCGUGAAUAUUCGAAAAGCUCGUAUUCAUACAUACCAAAAAUGCUGGAACUGGAUGACGCUGACGUCGUCGCGAUUCGUCGUUUGAUAGAAGAGCGUCUGUCUGAUGUCUGGCGAUGGAUGGAAACGCUGAUGGAUCGUGCUGAAGCGCAAUUUCGUUUUGGAAGUGCCCUGAUGGCAUCGCCAAGUAUUGCGGCAGUGUUACGUAAAGAGAAAAAAGUGGCACAUAGCAAAGCAGAAACGCCAAAGAUGAGUCCGCGUCCUGAAGCAGGAAAUGCUCCAAGUACGCCAGUUCGCAGGCAGGACCUUUCUGUUGCUUCGACUCCAAUCCCGGGAACAAUUAAAAAAGAUGAGCAAAAUGCAAAUUCAUCUGCUUCAUUGGAAGAUUUCUUCGGAUACAUAAUGUCACAGAUGCGCUCACAUGCAUCGGAAAAUGGCGAUGACGUACCAAUCAUCGAAUUCAAUGCACUCAGUGCACUGGCUUUUGUGGUCGAUGCAUAUUUAUCAUUGAUUGAUAUGCUCGAGAAACUGGAUGCCAAAAUUGCUUCCGGCACCGGCACUACAGAAAAUACGGCAACUGGCAAAGAAUUUAUCGACAUGUUCCAGGGCGAUGAUGAACCGGCAUCUGGUGCAAAGAAACCCACCGGAUCUUCGUCAAGCGCGCCAAUUGGUGAAUUCUUCCAGCGCUCAAAUUCAUUGCUCUAUCCGGGUAUCGCGACUGCUUCGAGCUACCAUGCGUUCGAGCACAAAUGCGCCGAUUCGUUGGCUUUGGCUGAGCGUCCACAACUUCUGCGGCCUGGCAUUGAAAAGGAGGAGAUGUUCGGCCUGCCGGUAAAACAUAAAACAACCGGCGAACACCAGAAAACUGUUCGAGAACAUGGCGCAGAGCAUCCGGCUCAUCAGGGACUCGUCUCACCUUGGUCGAAUUAUCAGGAAAUGCUGCCACCAUCGUCUUUGGCUAAAAUUCAUGAAGAAAAAGAAACAGUAACGAGCAGUGGGGUUGCUCGUCCGAACGUUAUUGUCCAUUCGAAAAGCGUUAGCAGUGAAUCGAUUCCACAAGGUAGCGGAAAUUAUGUGGUUGCUGCAGCCACAGCAUUAUCGCUUCGUGAUAAAAGUUUUUUGAUUCUAGCCCCGGAAGAAGAAAUUUGGACUUUCCACGAGCAACUGUUGGUUGCCUGCGGCGGAGAAGUUACUGGAUCAAUGCUUUUGAGUGAAAUGGCAGGUUUUUCGGUUCGCGAAAGUCAGUUUCGCAAGAAAAUGGAUAAAUUCAAAGCAGCACAAACCAAAGAUCUCACUUUUGAGAUAGAGCGUGAUAAGCAUGAAAUGAUUGCGCAAACAAUUCGUCAACUCAACAUGCAUUACGCACGUCGUGUUAACACUUCAUCAUCAACAACGAGUUCACCAAAUACAAGUGCAAAUGUAAGUCGAGAAACGGGUGCUGCAAGAGCAGUAAGACUGAUGAAUGUCUCGAUGGUUAGCGCCGGCAAUAAGGACGACGAUACACCACCCCUGGCCUGUCAUAAGGUGAAAGUGACAUUCAAAAAUGAGCCUGGUGAAGGAAGUGGCGUUGCGAGAAGUUUCUAUGCAGCUGUUGCUGAUGCAUUUCUUACAAUGAAACGUCUACCAACCGAAGCCCAAAUUUUAGCAGCAUUUGGCAGUGUACCCACCGAAUUGCCACAGCCACAACAAGCAGGUGCUUUACCGGUCAAAAUUAUAGGCAAUCGCCAGUCAUCAAUGCGUUCAAAUGUUCGAGAAAGACAGGCCAUUCUUUCGAACAGUAUGUCGGGUAGUGGACGACGAAGGGGUCUACGAAGCCGAUAUGCUCUGUCAGCCUCAGCAGCACCAUUUUAUUCACGACGACAUCCACAGCUGAACGAUCCAGCUGUUGUUGGUGAGGAAUCAGCUCCGGCGCAAAGUGCCAGCGAUUUGGCACUAGCAGAUUUGCCACCAUCAUGGGAACCUGAUCGAGAAACGCUGGGCGAAAGGCUUCUGGCACGUAUUCGCACUUUAAGAUCGGUAAAGUUUACUUCGAUUCUCUAUUUGCUUCAGAUUAAAUUAAAAUAAGAUAGAGAAGAUUGUGGAGUAGCCUAUAUGGGUAAACCGUUUGUCAUGUAGAAGGUUCAUGUACAGAGGAGUAUGUAAAAAGAAGACUACUCGCAAACAUUUCUUGUAAAGCAGAAUUUUACCGCAAUUUGCCUUUCUCAUUUUCUUAUGCAAAUUCAUCGUCAUCAUCGUAUUCACUGCAAAAGAAAUUGCGGUGUCCAAACCGAUUUUCAGACACUGUGCAACAAAAUCACUGGUAUGCUGUUGGAGCUACACCCACAGCAGCUGCUAACACUCCUCUCUAACGAGGAUAUGCUGCAAGCUCAUGUUGAUGAUGCUGUCGAGCUUAUUCAGGCUUCCGGUCAGGCUAAUAAUGAACAACAGGGUAGCUCUACUGAUGCCGCUGCUGCUGCUGCUGCUGCUGGAGCUGCCACCGGAGCUGGAGCUGGAACCGGAGCUGGGGUUGGAGCUGGAGCUGCUGCUGCUGAACCGGCACCAUCAUCAAGUCGUGCACCAUCAAUGCAAGUCCGCUCUAUACCAAUGAUACGUGCUGCCAGUUCGCCAAAUCUUCCAACUGCCGACGAAUCGGGAUGCACAGUGGAAGAGGAUGACACGGCGCCGUUGUUUUAUCGCCCAAGCAAAACUGGCUAUUAUACUCCAAUUGCGGGUAAAAACACCGCUCAUCGCUUGAACGCAUUUCGAAAUGUUGGAAGAAUGAUAGGAAUUUGUCUUCUUCAAAUGGAAAUUUUUCCGCUGCACCUCUGCCGUCAUGUUCUCAAAUUCAUUCUUGGACGCCCACUGAACUGGUUCGAUUUGGCCUUCUACGAUCCGUCGUUGUAUGAAUCGAUGCGUACGCUGGUGUUCAGUGAGUGCCCAACACCUCCGGAACAAAUCAGCAAUUUAUAUCUCCACUUUGAAGUUGCCGGUGGUGGUACGGUGGAGUUGAAACCGGGUGGCGCCCAGAUCGCAGUUACUCAAGAAAACGUCGUAGAAUACAUUUAUUUAUUUGUAGAAGCGCGAAUGCUCGGAAAUCAUGUGAAAUGCCUAGAG